AGAUCACAACGGCCCAAACCCACCGGGAGCUUCCUCUUUGUCCUCCCCGGAUCCUCGGCACCGGCGUUCUCUUCCCACGGUCGCCGUGCUGAUCCGAAGCCGGCCUCCCGUGACUUGUGGCUGUGGCCUGUGGAGUUGACUGCUGAGAUUUCUGAAUUGGAGAAGCAAAGGGAUGAACUCGAGGCUCAGUUGAAGAAGGUUAACAUUUCACUGAAUUCUGCUGUUGGGCGGCUCAAGGUAACGAGGGAAGAGAGGGAUCAAUUUGAUGAAGCAAACAAUCAGAUGAUCUUUAGUUUAAAAGCAAAGGCUGGUGUAGUAAAAACUUGGAUCAAUUUCCUCGAGGAUACAUGGCAGCUUCAGUCGUCAUAUGAUGAACAGAAAGAAAAGAAAACCAGUGAUGAGCUAGAGAGAUGCACAGGCAAUUUUAUAAAGCUGACGAAAUUUCACCUUUCUACAUUCAAGGAAGUUCUAAACCCGUCAAUUGAGCGGAUCCACACAUACGUGGAUAAUUUGGCAGUCUUGAAUUCAAGGGAUGAGUCAACAGAACUUGAAGAUGAAGAGAUAUCAGAAAAGACAAGCCCACAGAAAUCCCUCGAGGAGGAAUAUUUGGAAACUGAAAAGAAGAUUGUAAUUGCCUUCAGCAUAACUGAUCACAUAAAGAAGCUGUUUUAUUCUGAGCAAGGAGCUAGUUCGAGGAGAGAUGAUCCAGAGGUCAGGAACUUAUUUUCAGAGAUAGAGAAACUGAGAGAGGCAUUCGAGUCUAUAGAAAGGCCGACACUAGAUAUUGAAGUCCGUAGAGCAAAGGUUCCGACAAAGGAGCGAUCUGAAUCGAGCUCUUCGCCUGUUCAGGCACCCUCUACGCCUAAAGCUACGCCUGUGGAUUCCCCCAAAUCUCCUGUGAAGUCCGAGCAGACUCCGGAUCCUGAUUUGGACCUUGCAGACUUGGAGUUGGGGCCCUUGUCGUCCAAGUGCUCGCCGGCCGGCCACGACCCUGAGCGCCUCCGCCGCGUUGCCGGCGUCGUCGUCCGGAUCGGCUGCUCGAUCAAGGGGCGCUAGUCCAAGACCCGCCGGAGGCACUGGCGGGAGAGGCGCUCCGCCAUCUGGACGUUCUCCCGGACCCGGCCCUUCCACGUCGUCGGCUGCUCGGCCGCCAUCUCCUUCUCUCUCUCUCUCUCUCUGUCGCGGGCGGUGGUUGUUUGGUGGCGUCUCGGCUCCUCAAAUAGGCGGCAGGGCUGCUGCCUGCCAGUGCCAGCCUGGCGGAGUGGGCCCCGCUGCUGCAACAGAUCGAUUCACCCCGCCCCCGCGGUGGAAGUGAGGAAAGAUCGAGUUACCCGCGGUAAAAGAUUUGAAACCGCAGGCGGCGUCAGAUGCGGAGGACGUUGUCAGGGGAGACGGUGAAUUUCCGUGGCUCCUCCCGCAAGCUAGACACGCUGUCACCUCUCCACCACGCGCGAGAGCAGCGCCAGCUCAGCUGACAGCUGGCGGAAAAGAAAAAAAAAUAUUCUCCCAAUCCGUGGGGAUUUUGCAAUUUUGCUUCGGUUAGUCGUUUGGAAGAUGAUGAAAUAAAGCAGAAGUGCAGCCCCAGGAGCUCCUCCGCCUUCAUGUCGGACGCGGCGAAGGUGAGAUCAUCAGCCACGCCACGGAGCGCCUCCGCCGCUUUGCCGGCCUUGGUACAAGGUUUUUGAAACCGCAGGUGGACCGUAACUGUCAAGGGAGGGAGACGGUGAAUUCCCGUGGCUCUUGUUGAUCUCCAGCUCACAGCGGGGCAUAAUAUCAAUCGGAGCACGCAACUCUGAUCCGUGCGUGCAUGAUUUUGUUUCGGUAAAGAAGAUUGAUUAAACCAGACGUGGAUGGGUACGUGCUGCUAGACAAAUGAGAUCAAACACAUAGCUACACUAACUAAUAUUACUCCGUGUAUGCGCUACUGAAAUUAUUAACUGGUUCUAUACGGCUGGUUCUUGCAA